UGCGUGAAAAAUCAGUCUUUUAACUGCAAAAGUCUGAUGUUCAUUUUGAAAAAUUCUCGACGAUUCCGACAAGCUCCAAAUUCAAAGAAGCUCAGAAUUACGGAGACUCUCUCGCUCGCUCGCUCUCAAUGGCUCUUCAUCGUUCCAUCAUCCUCCUCUCGAUCAUCUCUCUGACCCUAGUUAUCCCGACCAGUUCUCUGUACGAACCCGACCCGGAUCAGGUUUCUCCCACAGUAUACGAGCUCCUCCCAAAGUUCGGCCUCCCAAGCGGUCUCUUACCAGACUCCGUCAUCAACUACACCGUCUCCGAAGACAACAGGUUCGUCGUUGUCUUGUCCAAGCCCUGUUACAUUCAAUUUGACUACCUCGUGUACUACGAGAAGACCAUAUCGGGUCAGAUCGGAUACGGGUCGAUCACCGACCUCAAGGGUAUUCAGGUGAAGCGGUUCUUGUUCUGGUUCGAUGUCGACGAGAUCAAAGUUGAUCUUCCGCCGUCGGAUUCGAUCUAUUUCCAGGUGGGUAUAAUCAACAAGAAGCUCGAUAUCGAUCAGUUCAAGACUGUUCAUUCGUGCAGCGACAACGGCGUCUCUGGCUCCUGUGGAGGCUCCAGGAAGGGUUUUCUCCAGUUUAAAGGGAUGAUGGAUGAGGCAGAGAUGCUGAUCACCGAGUAGAUUCAUCCGCCUCGGACUCGGCUACUCGUCCCGGACUCAGCUAAUUAUGAAUCUGGUUCCCCCCGUAGCCACGUCUGCGCAAUUACAAAACUGUAUAUUAUACGUACGAGACCCAUGUUUUAGUUUUCGGUCGUGCUACAUUAUCAGCUAAUGUAAGUCGAAGUUGGAACUGGGUUCUACGAAAAUGUGCUAUGUGUGUCUCUUGUGUUUCUGUUGCUGAUGUUCGGAUGACGUACGAGGUUUCAGUAUUUUUAUCAAGUGCUUCUACUUUAUUAUUCA